AUGGCCGCCAUUAGCCUGGACGUGUACUCUCAGACCGCCCACUUGGCGCUCGACCAUGGGAAGCGCACAUUGCGUGGCCUGCGUGCUGCUGUCCUCCACAAGGGCCAGUGCCUUUCGCUGUACCAAAUCGGGAUGGUACUGGCCGGCACCAACAACAGCACUCGGGAUCCUACGAUGUCUCUCCCGCUGCAAGUCAAUCAGCGGGAAAAGCUUCUAGCCACCGGACCCUUCCCUUCUAGUCCCGAUGACUCGACCUCCGCCCGUUCUUGGCAUCCCGACUUCAUACCUUAUCAGCCGAAGAUGCCGGACAGCCGCUCUUGGUUCCCCAACGCCGCUCUCGGCAAUCUGGAGGCUCCCGGCCGCGGCGGUCUGGCGCCGUUCUGUUGUCUCAACCGGCAAAAGAAGCCGAUAGACCCUCUACGUCACGUACUAGUCCGUCGUGUGAUUCGUCAAAGCAUCUAG